AUGAAUCAGGGGAACGGGCGCCAACCACGUAUGCAAUUGCUUUGCAAUGGCAGGCGGCGUGUUGGCGUGUUGGCGUGUUGGCGUGUUGGCGCGCGGGCGCACGUGGCGCGGCGUGACGUCACCGCGCGGUCACGCCGCGUCGCCCUAACAGAGCGCAACCGCAGCACCGGCCGCGCCGGGGCCCCUCCCGCUCGAGGCGUCGAGCGACAAUCGCCCUUAUCGCCUACCGUGUUACUCUGGAUCGCAGUUCAC